AUGGCUUCCCAAGCCCCGUCUACCCCUUCUGACUCCCACUCUGAGAGGCCCUCCACCACUGGCAAUCUACAGGGGGGUCUUACUGUUGACACUCGCAGCGAUGAUGACAUGUCGCACGCCGCCCCGCCCUCUCAUAUCCCGCCUACGGAGAUGGUCACUUGCCUUGAAUGUCUUACGUGGAUUGCCGGUGGACGACGCCCAGCUGAGAUUUGUAGCAUUAGCUCCUGUGCUAUGGAGCAGGAUCUCAAUAUCCCGUACUUUCAGUGCACCCGCUGCGUCCGCAAGCAUCAUAUUUGCCACCAGGUCCGCUCCGCUCGCCUCCGUGGCUUACUCCGGAUGCUAGAGCUACUCUGGGCCCAGCGCUCUCACCUAAUGCGCCGUGUUGACUAUGCGAGACAGAUAUGGGAGAUCUACCAGCAACUCGACCCAGCGGAGAAGAAGUUUUGGGAUCUGCUCAACGAGGGCGACUCAUCAGAUGAGGAGCACCCUGAGUACUCGGAGGAGAAUCCUAAUGGGGAGUCCUAA